AGUGAUCCGUCGGUCGUGAGCAAGUUACUCCUUCAACAAUGUCUGACGCCGCCGUGAACCCCAAGGCCUACCCGCUCGCGGACGCCAAGCUGACCGUGUCCAUCCUGGACCUGGUGCAGCAGGCCACCAACUACAAGCAGAUCAAGAAGGGCGCCAACGAGGCCACCAAGACGCUGAACCGCGGCAUCUCCGAGUUCAUCGUCAUGGCCGCCGACACGGAGCCGCUUGAGAUCCUGCUGCACCUGCCGCUGCUGUGCGAAGACAAGAAUGUACCAUACGUGUUCGUGCCCUCCAAGGUCGCCCUGGGCCGCGCCUGCGGCGUGUCGCGCCCCGUGAUCUCCGCCUCGAUCACGUCCAACGACGCCUCGCAGCUGGGCCCGCAGAUCCAGAGCAUGCGCGAGCAGAUCGAGCAACUCCUAAUUUAAGCGCCUCGACUGAUUGCCGGCAGACGGUCUGCCUCGCGCUGCUGUAGCUUCAUUGCCGCCACUACCUGUGGUGCUGGGCUGCCGCAGCCGACAGACCUUUUGGUGCGCUAGUCAAAAGUGCACAGAUAACUGCUGAACAAUGCAAACUCUACCCAACCGCAUUUUGCGCUGUUCCUACACUCC